AUGAACACCUAUCCCAGCUCCACGCCCUCGCCUCCUCGGCCACCACCCCUGGUCGUUUCGCAUGCUCUUGCAGCACGUGGUGCGAACCCUCCGGGGCCUAUGGAUCUGACAUCUUCCCGCGAGGAAGUCCUGCCAACUCGGACCGGUCUCGCGACCAUAUCCACUGUCGCUGCGCCACCCCUAGAGCCGCGACUCGCGCCAGUUUCUGGGAUAGAGUCGGGGCGUUCCUUGGCAGCACAGUUCAUCGUGUCCGUCGCGUUGACGUUCGACGGCGCCAAACGCAGGGCGAAGGAAGGCCCGUACAGAGGCCAGACCGAAUUGGAGAUAUGUCUCACGAUUGGAAUCAUGAACUGGAUAUGGUUCAUACGUACCGUGCUCAUAUGCUUCCUGCUCUGUUGGUUUCCCGAGAGCAUGGAAUCCGACGACCCAAUUUGCCCCUUGGACAUUGUGUCUAUACCCAUCCUCAUGGCCAAGAGCACGACAAUCACAAUAUGGCUGUUCGUUAUUCUGUCCUUCCUCUGGCUGGGCCUGGAGGGAAAGAUCUGCCGGGACCACGCGCCCCAUAUAUUUGCGCUCAUGAUCCUCAUCCUCUCCGUCAUCGCCCUGCACUACGCGCUACAAUGCUGCAUCUGGACCUACUACGCAUACGGCAAUGGACGCUCGCGGCGUGCUCCUUCCCAUCUAACUCGUGCGGAAGUGGACCGCAUCGCGCUCGUGCACUACAUACCCCCUUCUGCGGAUGAGGCUAUGAGCCCUGUCAGUCCUGCCUCGCCCACGUCCCCCACAGCCCGCGGCCUAUACCCCCCUCGCUCGCCCGUCUCGUAUUGGAAAAAGACCCCUCGGUUCAUCCUCUUCCGCUCGCGCUCUUCUGCAGUCGACGGGGAUAUCGAACGCGACGCAGGAGAUGCGAGUUGGGGUCGGCCUGAAGUUCGCCUCCCAGACAACCUAGCUCGGUGCGCGAUCUGCCUGGAGGACUUCGAGGCUCCGCCGGGAGUCGUCGAGCCGCCGUCUGAGAGCGGCGGCGACGGCGACGGAGAGACGCACGAAAUGACACGAGCGCCGCCUAGGUCGGUCAUGGAGAUGCGUGUGCGCGUCGAACCCGAGACUCGCCAGCCGGAAGACUUCGGCGUAGCAGACGCGGGCGGGAAAGGGGCACCGAUGCCUCUCCGACUGUUGGGCUGCGGCCAUGCAUUUCAUAAGGAGUGCAUCGACCCGUGGCUGCUGAAACAAGCGGCGGCGCGUUGCCCGAACUGCAGGAUGCCUGUCCAGGUCCCGCAGCCGGCUACGAAGAGGUGGGGGAGUUGGAGGAACGCAACUGCUUGA